CCACCAAACUCUCAUUUCACCCAGCACCUACGCAAGCAAGAGACAAGCAAACUUGACCCUCCGGUCGAGCAACCACGCCAGCCAGAGCGCGCCGCACCUCCACCUCGCCGCCGAGCACCCAGCACACGAGCCGCCCGGCCAUGGAGGUGGAGGCGUUCCCGAUUGGGUUCACCAAGGGCGUGCGCGCGCACUGGCGCCGCCGCAAGUACCAGCGCCUGGAGGCCGGCGAGGGCGGCGGCAGCAGGUCCCAGGGCACGCAGCGCCUCGGCGGCUCCGGCGCGCGUCGCGUCGGGUGGCGCGUGCGGCUGCGCGGGCUUCUCAUCCGGCGCGCGCGCGCCGUCCGCGCGAUCGUGACGGCGCCGCGGCGGCUGCUGGCGCGCGCGCGGGACGCGUACGUGGGCGGCAUGCUGGCCGUGGCCCGGAAGGCGUCGGCCACGGCGCUGCCCGGCGGCGGGCCCGAGGGGAUCUGGGCCAGGCGCGUGCCGCGGCGGAAGCAGCUGCCCUCGGCGACGGCGGCGCGGACGUCCGAGUUCGAGCAGCGGCUGGUCAUGGAGAUCUACAAGUCCAUCGUCGCGUCCAAGGAGCUCACCACCAUGCUCCACUCCUCCACCGCGCACCUGCAGCCGCCGCCCGCGCGCGCCUAGCUUCCCCAAGGCGGUUGCUGAAGCGAGGUUUUUCAAGAUGAUCGUCUUCUCUCU